GAACGCCUUUACGGAAACGGCGCGGUGGUUGGUUGGUGCGUUCGUUGGUUGGUGGUGGUUCGUUCUUGUUGGAGCGCAAGCGCAAGCCGAACGACGAUGCUCUCCGGCCGGCUCGCGCGUUCUGCGCUGCAUCAGUGUCAUCGCGUCGUGUGAUUUAGUGCUAGUUCCCCCCAAAAGAUUCGAAGCCACUCCCGAGUGAGCCUGUCGUUCUGUGAGUGUGUGUUUGUGCGUGUGCGAGUGCGCGCGCGAGAGUUUUUUUUUUUUUUUUUCUUCCUGUGAGUGGCCUCACUCCGCCGUCGGGCGAGAGAGGAUUUUUUCGGGAUAACCGCUCCUUCCGCUCCAUCCGCCUGUUGCCAACUUCUGGAUUCUCUCCCGCGGCGUUUACAUUCGCUUCGGCUGGAUCGUCAUCGUCGCUUUCUGGAAGAUAGCAACUUCGGUGGCGUGCGUGACAGUACCUUCGAGCACGUGUGACGCUAACUCCGCUGCACUCGUCUGGUGUCAACACGCGUCGGCGGGGUUUUCCUGGUGCGGCACAGCUGGUGCUCACUUUUGGAUUUGAUAUUCGCUUCCUUUCCCUGACUGCGUCAUCUUCGGAUACAUGGAUCAUCGAAAGCUGGACUGCGCACCCCUAAUUCCAGGUCUUCUAUUGCGGGUGAAAAGGUCAUCCGUGAUUUCAUGCGUCGGAAGUCCUAGCUGUCUGCUCCGUUCGUGUUCCUGGGUACCCUUGCGCUGACACAUCGCUACUGCACGUCCAAAUCAGAGGUCGGUUGUCAGCUUAAGGCUCUAAGGUGACGCGUCUCUUGCUAAUGAGACAGCUGGACUCCUCAAGCCGGCAGCGACCAAAUAAAGUAGAAGAAACACUCGGCAGUGGAGCCCACCGGUGUGGUUUUCCUCACACUUUGCAACGUCAGCGUUUUCCGCUUCUUGGCAAGGACUAAGAUGAAUCCAGUAGCGUUCCAUCGCCAUUAGGCACCCGCAAUAUCACUCGGAAGAGCCGUUACUUUCAAGCCUCGCAUUCCGGUUUGCGGGAACAGUUCGUGCGUGAGAUACCGGUCCACGAUUAAUGUAACGUCUGUCGCUUACCCACUUCGAGAAGAAACGUUCUUAAGCUGAGCUGGAAGCUGCGGGAAGGUUCGCCUUGCUCUCGAACCUCUGAACACAGCGUCUGUCCACUCUCUACCUUGAGCAUUACGCACAGUCUUCAAGCUGCCCAGAAACGGCCUAGCCAACGGCCUCUCUCGCGGCUCGGUGGAGGCUAAGUUGGCGCUCAGCACGAAGAAACCGGCACAAUGCGAACCGGCCCACGGGUCCGAGGCCGCAAUGGCCCGCGGUGGCGCCAAGAAGGUGCACUGCUCGAACGAAGCCGUCGAGGACACCUGCAAGGGUAGCGGUGUCUCGCAUUCGCCGAAGCACGUCGAGGCGUGUUCGGGACUGCCUCCCCGAGUAGAGGUCAAGAAGAGCAGCGACGACGAAGAAGCGUACAAGAGCGAGGAGUUGUCGGACAUCAUCAACUUCCUGAUUGAGACCGAUCCCAGGAGAAGCCGCGAGAGCCGUGGAGUUCUCGACGCAUCGUCCGACGACACCGAGCGAUCUUUCUCACCGCCUGUACCUCCUUGUGCGCAAAAGCCGGACGGCGUUUGCCCUUCGCCGCCGAACGUCAAGAGAGCCCGAGAAGACGUCGCAAAUUCUCCGCCGCCGCCGAGCUCCACAGCAAGUGCUGCAACAUCGCCGCUCCGCAUCGUCCUGCCGGCGCCCGACAUAUACGGCUUCAACUACCAGCCUGACUACGCCUUCCGCAGUGUUGCGAGCACCCCUAGUCAGGCAAAGGGAACGCUGGCGGAUGCCAAGUGCGACUCCGAAGCCUCGCUGCACCUAGCGGGGACAACGCAGGACGCAGAAAUGAGCAAACCGGGUGGCUCCGAUGAAACCGGUGACAUUCCGGUGAACGGGAGCGACUCGCGUUGUGUUGAGGCCGACGAUAAGUGCCAAGUGCCAAGCGCGACCGAAGCCGAAAUUCGGGAAAAGACAACCGUAGCCUCGUCGCCCGUAAACAACGACGUCGCCGAAAAGGACGAUAUCGAUAACAAAGGGUGCGCCCAACGUGACAGCUUAAUAGUAAAGCCGGAUGGUGAUAUCUGCCAAGACGACACGGCCGAUAGCCGCUCCAUUCCCGACUCUGCUGUCGCCCUCGGUAGGCCAGUGGCGAGUGCGAAUUGUGAUGACGGGCGCGCCGCCGAUAACGGCGGGGCUGCUCUAGACUUGCCCGCUUAUCCGGACGCAAGGCCGCGUUGUGUGGAGGAAGAUAGUCGCGUCGGCCACAACGGCAGUCCUAACGACGGCGACACCGACCGCGGCAGCUGCGCUCCGGAAGAGCGCGAACUGCGCACUCCGGCUAAGCCGGCAACCUCGCCACCUCCAGACGCUUGUUCCGAAUCGGAUGCGAGCGAAGCGCGUCAAGGGGAGCUCGAAGACGUCGAGAAAAGACCACCGGCAUCGCCCCCAGCUAGGGCCUGUGACGACGACGUCAGCGGUGACGUGGUUUCAACAGCUCAAGAAUGUUCUGGCCUGGCGUUGCCCGAUGACCACAAGACGGCAUGCAACAGUGACAGCGACGCCGAGUCUGACAGUACGGAAGCCCUACAGUGGUCUCCUGACCGUGCAUCGCGCUCCAAUAGCGCGGAGUAUUCGCGAGAGGGGGGCGCUACAACUGUAGACGGCGGCGCCGAUGAUGCGUCCGAAAACGUGGUCGCGUCCGCAGCGGGUCCAAGCAACCGUCCAGUCACCCAAAUCAAGGAAGAGGACACAUCUCCACUGCUGAAUGGCACUGACGAUCUCGAAUGCAGUGAUAAAACCGUGAAGUCUAUCGCUUCAGCAUGCACCCGUAGUCUCGCUCCUUCUGACGGUGGCCUAGACAAUCUCAUCAGCGUCUUCACUACCGUCGAAGAGGGCAAGAUCGUCAGCGUCGACUGCAAGAAGUUCCGCAAGAGAGGCCGCCCUCUGGGAGCCAAGAAGAAGAACGCACUGAAGCGAGCACGAAUGGCUGCCAUGGAGAUGGCAUUGCAGAACGACGACGUAGACUUCACGGUCAAGCAAUUGCUGCAUGACAUGGUCGACAGAAUCGCGAUGACUGGCGGCGAAAUACCGUCCAAGCUGUCCGAGGCCAACUUAAAGGACGUAAUCAGCAGCUUCUGCGAAUCCAACGGCUUCAGUCGCCAAGAAUUUGCCUGUGAAAACGACGAGAUCUGUUUCGGCAGCGUACUCCGCGACGAGCACCCUGACGCGACCGGAGGCGCAGCCAAGAGACCACGCCGCGGGAGUUCGGAUCACGGUUCGUCCUCCGAACAGAGUUCGCAAACUCCGAGACCCAGAGGCAGCGGCAAACGUUACAAGAAGAAGCGCGAGACCGUGCCCACUAAGCGGAUGCUAACCAGGAGUCAGUGGCGGCGCUCCUGCUACCAGAAGGAGCAGCAGCAGGACGGAGCCGCCACCGACCAUCCGGACAACGGGCUGCUCGUGCUGCGGGACGGUGCCCAGUCGCUCCCCGACGCCAAGCGUCGGCGCCGGUCCGUUGACCUCGCCUCGGACUUGGACAGCUCCAACACGGAGUCGACCGCGGACGGUCUGAGCUCGGCUUGGGGUGCUUCUCAGGAGAUGGACCUGUCCUUGACUGCCGACGAGGCGGCCUCGUGCGGUGCCGGUUACGAACUUCGACCUGCUCCCGGUGCCAGUGAUGACGCGAAAUGUGAUGGUGAUGCGCGCGUGCUAGUCGCGGAAGGUUGUUCCUCCGCACCGGUCAAUUCCAGUAUUUAUUUAUCAUCCUCCGAACCUCCCAAACUUGGCUACAUGGAGCUGAGCGUGACGACGGCGCCCCGCGAACUUAGCCCCCUAGUGAGUGCGCGAUCAGGAGCCGGUGGUGGUGAUCGUGAAAGCGCGCCUCGCGAUGUCCAGGAGGCGGACGCCCGCGGUCGAGGUCAUUCGCAUGGACGGCAAAAGCAGCAGCAGCCGCCGCCGCCGCCGCCGCCGCCUCAAUAUGGCCUCGUUAGUGAACACGCUAGUGUUGGUGUGGACGACGAGAACGACGAUGACGGUGAGUCGCAACUGGUGAUCUGUGAUACGGACGAUUCGAGCCACGACGCGCCGCCGCCGUCCGCCGCCUCCGGUGUGCGAGGCGACAGCGCCGCGGACACGGUGCGCGCCACGUUGCACAAGAGUGAGGUGGACGCUCAUUCCGGUGCGCGCGCGUCGCGUCAGCGGCGGUCGCCCCCUCGUCGCCUGCGCGGUGCUUCUCCAGCUGCGAACCCAGCGCGGCAGCGCCUCGGCGGCGGUGCUGGUGCAGUGUGUGAAUCGGAAAAGGCGGCCACCGACGCGGGUGUCGUGUGUCUCGACGACGGAGAGGGAGACAACAUCGGGACACCGGAGGCCAGCGUCGUCGCUGCUGCAGGUGUCACCGUGGAAGGCUCGUCUCGACAUCUCAGAUCGCCGCCGCCAGCCCUCAGCAGUGUCCGAGGCUCCCCAGCAGCGCCCAGCGCUUCGGACAGACCCGGCGCCAGUGAGAGCGUCCCGACGACCACGUCUCCCCCAAGCGCUGCUCACCGGAGGACGACCUCCUCGUCUGGCCACUAUGCGGUGGGGUCGUCGUCAUCGUUGUUGUACCAGUGGCCAGCGUCGUUGCCCACGUCGCCUUCCAGGGCCGAGUCUCCGGACAUCAUCGUGGUCAAGGAAGAGCCCAACGACCUGUCUGUCUCCGGUCGGACGGCGAACUUCGUCCCGCCGCUGCCGGGCUUGGAACCGCUCGAUUUGUCACUGAAAGAGCAAUCAUUUCGAGCGAAAGCCGACAUUCCUGUGGGCAAGGUGCAACCGCAAAUGGCCACCACUAGUCAGUCUGCAUCAGAGGAGGCAGUGGCCAACUCUCCCAUCAACUACUCAGCAUCCUCUCGACACGUCCCGGCACCGCGCGCUGAAGAAGACACUCGCUCCAAGGAACGCGAUAGGCGCGGAGCCCACGGCUCUGACAGUAAUUCGAGCAACGGAUCCCCGGGGGCCGCUGGAACCGCUGGCACCUCUGAGCCGGCCUCGGACUCUAUUCUGCAGCGUCUGCUGCUCGACCCUAGUCGAAAACCAAAGGAAAGCGAUUCGAGCGCCGCCUCAUCUCCCGUCCAGGUCGCUCUUGAGACGCGCAACGCUCGCGGCUCGGCCGAACCGACCAAAGACUCUGCCAAACGAGGACGCGACACCGACAUCGUGAACGAAGCGAAGUCUCUCCUGAACGCUCGCCUCACGGCGAGGCACCAGGAACAGCAGCUGCAACAACAACAGCAGCAACAGCAUCAGCAUCAGCAACAACAGCCACCGUUGGUCAAGGCGUCCAACAUGGCUUCCGUGCCACCCAUGAGCUUUCCAGAGAACAAGCUGGGCAUGAGUACGCUUGAGUCCAAGAUCGUGGAGCUUAAGAAGCAGAUCCACCAUCUCACCAUCUUGGCCACGUACAAGGAGAAAGAGCUCGCUUGCAUUAGUACCCUGCGAACGGCCAAGGAAGAUGCGCUAAAGCAGCUUGAGAGCAAGUACCCCGGAAUCUGCUCCGUCAUCAGAGCGUUCGGUCCCGACUCCGGCUCUGGCGAAUCCAGCGACAGUCCAGGCUUCACGGACGUCCCGAGCAUAGUGGCGCAGGCGGCCACCGCUACCGCGGACCUCACGUCGCUGGGCGCUGGCUUGGCGUCUGAGACCGAUCCUCCGCUCCAGAAGAAGCCUGCCGUGCAAGCGCAGCCGCAGCCGCAGCAUUCUCCUGCUUUGCCCAUCCCUCUCCUUGCCGGGACACCGGCGCCACACCGGCUACGUGCCAACUCUGGGUCCGAGCGCGACUCUCCCGGCCGAGGCCUCAUGUCCUACGACAGAGCCAGCGCCGCUGCUGCGGCCCCUCCUCCUACAUCAUCUACGGCGCGCUCCUCUGUGUCACCUCGCGGUGGUGACAACAGGCAGCCGAGGCCCCUGCCAUCGAUAGCGCCUUCCAAGUCAGCCUUCAGCGUCCCGUCGGCGUUGUCGUCGUCGUCAUCCUCCUCUUCUGCUGCUGUUGCCGCUGCCGCUGCGGCUGCUGCGUCGAGCCAGAGGCCGCCCAGGCUGUUGCUUCCCAAAGGACCAAUGCCACCGGCGACUCCAGCGGCCGCUGUUCCGGUGGCUCAAACGUCCACGUCACGAGGGGUCAACAGCGGAACCAUGGCUUCGUCAUCCGCAGCCGCGGCAGGUGUGUCCAACUGGUGGAACGCACCAAACGGCGCACCGCUUUCCUUGACCGCCGGCCUACCCCACCACCUGCAGCGCGAUGCCCUGCGGGAGUAUGCUUCGUCCUCUUCCACUGCGGCUCUUCUAAAGGCCGCCUCUGUGCCGAGUUCCCUGGCCAAGCAGCACAACAGCGCCGCUGGAAGCACGCCAUCUCUGUCGAGGUCCGAGGCACUGGCUGGCAUGGCCAGUGACCCGUCAGCCCGUACCUCCCAUCACCAGCGACUCGCGGAAGCAGCGGCAGCGAGAACGGAGGACUCCAGGGGUGUGGCAGCUGAGCUGGCCCGUCAGCAGGAGGAGUUCAACCUGGCCCUCAGCUCCAGCGGCUCACUCGCUGGCGUUAACGCGGCGGCAGUGGCGGCGGCUGCCGCGGCUGCCGGUGCGUACCCACUGGGUCGCGCUGGUCUGUCUGCGGCAGCCAGCAUGUACAAUCAGGCCAUGGCGUACAGCCUGUACCAGCAGCUUCGCGUCAACAAGGAAGCCGCGCUAGCGCAGGCCGAGGCGUCCGCGCUCCUUGAGAAGAUGAAGCAGCAGAGUAUGCCUAGUCAGCAGCAACAGCAGCAACAUCAACAGCAGCAACAGCAGCUCUACCAGAAGGCGCUGCUAGAGCAAGCUACAAAAAACAGGCCCACUGCCUGGGAGCACAUCAGUCACCUACUGCAGAAGGAGAAUCCCGUCAGCAUGCAGGCAGGCCUGCCUUCCGAGCUGCUCUCGCUGCAACCAAAGCUAUCGGCGCCCGAGAUGUCCUGGCUCCAAGCAGGGCUGGCCUGCGUCAACUGCGGAGAUCCGCGCGUGAAGUUCGUCUGCAGCUGCUGCAGGACGCAGACCUUCUGCAGCGAGCAGUGCCAGGCAAAACUGUGGAGCAAGUUGAAGACACAAGCACCGACGAAGAAUUGAAGGGUUCACCAGACGAGAGGGGCUUUCCUUGAGCUUAAUUAUUACCAUUAUUUUUUUUCGUUAGUUUUUUUUUCUCAUGUUUUUUUGUGACUCGGGGAAGUUUUUUCUCGGCAACGCGUGUCGCUCAUCUUUUUCAUUUUGAUGGACGAGCUCAUUUUGUAUGAUACUACAUUUUUGGCACCUCUCUCGGUGGGCUUAUUUUGUCUCUCUCUCUCCCUUUUUCUCCAAAUUUCCUAAUAAAGUUAAGUUUUCGCAGCAUGGGCUGCUGUA